AUGAUUAUUAUAAAAGGACGACUGCACAGAAAAAAUGUGCUUCACGAAAAUAGUCCACCUUCUAGUAAUCAAUCAAGAACAAAUAGCCCAGUUGUGACCCCAGCUAAUUUACGUGAAAGGAAAAAAAUAAGAAGAGAUCGCAGCAAAGUUGUUAGAGAAAAUUGGAAGCUUAAAGAGAAGAAUAUACGCUUAAGAACAAGUCUGGACAAAUAUAGAAAAAGAAAUCAGAGAUUUAUUGACCUGCAGAAAAAAUCUAAGAGCCCAAAAACAAAAAUUCAGCUAUUGCUAACUGAUCAGAUCCAGAAAAAAGAAGUUGUCAAAUGA